CUGAACCUGGAAUGAUGAAAAGGUCCAUUCCAAAAUCUCCAUCUCAUGCACUGCUUGCCGCUUGCUUCUGGUGCCUACACCUCUCUUGUUUGGUGGAGAGAUGCAAAGUUCAAGCUCAAACUAAUUUUACAACAGACCCAGAUGAAGCAAGCGCUCUUAAUGCCAUUUUCCAACGCUGGGGUCUUUCUGCACCUUCUAAUGAAUGGAACAUAAGUGGAAACCCAUGUAGUGGGACUGCCGUUGAUGCAUCAACAAUCAGCAAACCUGGGAUCAACUGUGAAUGCCCAUCCAACGGUGGAGGCACCUGCCACAUAACCGCAAUGGAUGUGUCAUUAACUGGCAUAGUGGGUUCCCUGCCAUCAUCUAUCGGCAGUUUUAAGCACCUGCGCUACCUGGAUAUAAGCGGCAAUAACUUCAAUGGUUCGCUCCCACCUGAAAUAGGGACUUUGCCAAGUCUGGAGCACUUGGAUACAAGGGGAGUUGGCUUCAAGGGUUUGCUCCCACCUGAGCUGGGGAAUCUGUCAAGGCUGCAACAACUGUAUAUAAGCGGCAAUGGCUUCAACGGUUUGCUCCCACCUGAGCUGGGGAAUUUGUCAAGUCUACAAGAACUGGAUUUGUCACGAAAUUACAUAACGGGUCCCUUGCCAGCUUCUAUCGGCAAUUUAAUGAACUUGAGUACCCUGGAUGUCUCAGAAAAUUACAUGACCGGUCCCUUGCCACCAUCUAUCGGCAAUUUAAAGCACCUGAGCUACCUGGAUAUAAGCUACAAUAAUUUCAAUGGUCCGCUCCCACCUGAGAUAGGGACUUUGCCAAGUCUGAAGCACUUGUAUAUAAGCUACAAUAGCUUCAACGGUUUGCUCCCACCUGAGCUGGGGAAUUUGUCAAGUCUGCAAGAACUGGAUGUGUCACAAAAUCACAUAACGGGUCCCUUGCCAGCAUCUAUCGGCAAUUUAAAGAACUUAAACUCCCUGGAUUUGUCACGAAAUUACAUAACGGGUCCCUUGCCAGCUUCUAUCGGCAAUUUAAUGAACUUGAGUACCCUGGAUGUGUCAAAUAAUUCCAUAACGGGUCCCUUGCCAGCAUCCAUCGGCAACAUAACCAGCAUGCUCUCCUUGGAUGUCUCAGAAAAUUACAUGACGGGUCCCUUGCCACCAUCUAUCGGCAAUUUAAAGCACCUGAGCUACCUCUCCGUUAGAAUGAAUGCCAUAUCAGGGAGCAUCCCCAAAGAGCUGGGAAACCUUUGGAAUCUAACCUACUUGGAUAUAAGCUCAAACAACUUCAAUGAUUCGCUCCCACCUGAGCUGGGGAAUUUGACAAAUCUGCAAGAACUAUACAUUGAUAGCUGCGGGCUAAGCGGCGAGAUUCCUUCAACAUUUGCGCACUUGAGAAACGUGGAUACCUUGUUGGCAUCUGAUAACAACUUCACAGGAAAAAUACCUGAUUUCAUUGGGAGUUGGGCUCUUACCGAUUUGAGUAUGCAAGGCAAUGCUUUCGAGGGUCCCAUACCAUCAAGUUUUUCUAAUUUGACCUCACUGGAAUAUUUCAGAUUCAGAAAGCUACACAAUCCGAACCCCAUAUCGCCACCUUCUACUUCAUCCCCAAACCUGAACCCCCUUCUACCCAUCUCUGAACCUGCACACAACCUAACCAUCAACCAACUACCCAAGCCACCUCCACAACAACCCAUCCUGGAAACCCCUCCCAUCUGCGUCCCACCCUGGAUCCCCAACUCUAGGAGGAGAGACAUGGCCCAUGCUCUGAUAGGCAUCGCAGCCUACCCGACCCUCUCAGUAUCCACCCUCGUAGACUCUUUGCGAGCCUCUCCAUUCAGCGCAUCAGGGGCUGAAGUAGCCAGAGUAUCAGACCAAUCAUUUCUCAUCUCCUUCCACACCAGGGCAGAGGCAAUCACGGAUUUAAGCUUUAACAAUUUAAGUGGCCAAAUUCCAGAUUCUCUCUUCAAUAUGAACUCACUUGCAUACCUGUUUCUUGGAAACAACAGCUUAUCCGGUACACUACCAUCCCAAAAAAGCAAUACACUCCUUAAUUUAGAUUUAUCAUACAAUCAAUUAUCAGGAAGAUUUCCAUCGUGGGUUUCAGACGGAGGUUUAAACUUGAACUUGGUGGCUAAUAAUUUCGUAUUGGAUAGUUCUAACAACAGUGAUUUGCCUUUAAGCUUGAAUUGUCUUCAGCGAAGCUCUUCAUGCUAUCGAAACUCUCAAUACCAGUCUUCAUUCGCGAUCAGGUGCGGUGGACCCUCGAUGAAAAUUAACGACACAGAGUAUGAGAGGGAUACUGAAUCUCUGGGCCCAGUAUCCUAUAAGGUGGCCGUUAAAGAGAAGUGGGCCGUCAGCAAUGUAGGAAUAUUUGCUUCAAGCAGCAACAGCGAAUAUAACAAGUACACUGAUCAGGGUGUAUUUCGAAAUACAACAGACUCGAAGCUAUUCCAAUACACACGGCUAUCACCAGGAUCGCUGAGAUAUUAUGGCAUCGGGCUUGAAAACGGUAACUACACUGUAAAUCUGAAAUUUGCAGAGACGGAGUUUCCAGAUACAAAAACCUGGCAGAGCGUUGGAAAACGCGUUUUCGAUAUUUAUAUUCAGGGCAAUCUGGCAUGGAAAGACUUCGAUAUAAAAAAAGAAGCUGGUAUUGCCUUCAAAGGCAUUGAGAAGAAACAGUGGGUUAUGGUAAAUCAAAAUAUUCUUGAAAUUCAUCUCCUUUGGGCUGGAAAGGGGACUUGCUGUAUACCUUCCCCAGGCACUUACGGACCCGCCAUCUCAGCCAUCCAUGUUACUCCUAAUUUUGAAACGGCUAUCAAGACUCGACAAAAGAAGAAUAAGACUGCUUUGGCUGUUAAAAUUUUGGCUCCUGUUGUGUUGACCAUUGUAUCUGUUAUUGUAUUUUUUAUUUGGAAAAGGAGUAAAAGGUUGAGUGUCGAUGAAGAUGAAGAGUUUUUAAGAAUGGGUCCCAGACCAAUCACUUUCAGUUACAGAGAACUGAAGACCGCCACCAAAGACUUCAGUCCGGCAAAUAAGCUGGGACAGGGAGGAUUUGGGCCCGUUUUUAAGGGCACAUUACUCGAUGGGCGGAUGGUGGCUGUAAAGCGACUCUCGGUAACAUCUCGGCAAGGAAAGAGUCAGUUUCUAGCAGAGAUUGCCGCUAUAUCUGCCGUCCAACAUCGAAACCUGGUGAAAUUGUACGGAUGCUGCAUCAAGGGAGCUAAUCGGCUCCUUGUUUAUGAGUAUCUAGAAAACAAGAGCCUGGAUCAAGCACUCAUCGGAGAGAGUAAGUUGCAUCUGGAUUGGCAUACACGCUUCAAGAUAUGCUUGGGGACAGCAAGAGGUCUCGCUUACCUCCACGAGGAAUCCAGGCCCCGCAUUGUUCAUAGGGAUGUCAAAGCCAGUAAUAUUCUGCUUGAUGCUAAUCUCAAUCCAAAGAUAUCAGAUUUUGGUUUGGCCAAGCUCUACGAUGACAAGAUGUCCCACAUCACUACCCGUGUUGCAGGGACAUUCGGCUACAUCGCACCAGAGUACGCCAUGCGUGGGCAUCUGACGGAGAAGGCUGAUAUAUUUGGAUUCGGAGUCGUUGCUCUGGAGAUUGUAAGCGGAAGGCCAAACCCAUGUGAGAACGUGUAUCCAGAGAAUAUGUAUCUCGUCGAAUGGGCUUGGCAUCUCCAUGAAAACAACCGCGCAUUGGAACUGGUUGAUCCAACACUAUCCAACUUCGAUGCAGAAGAGGCAGCUCGGAUGAUCGGCAUUGGUCUUCUAUGUAUCCAGGCAUCACCAUCACUACGGCCGCCCAUGUCACGGGUGGUGGCCAUGCUGCAGGGAGACAUUGAAGUGAGCACCGUCACGUCAAAGCCAGGCUACUUAACUGAUUUGCCCCCCAAUUAUACAAUCAGCUUCAUGAGUGACGGCACUUUGACAGCAUCGACAAGUGUAACUUCCACCAGCCAAAAGUUAUCACCCGGUAAUGAAAGCAUCUCACCCUGAGAACCUUUGAGCUGAUGCUGCUCGAGGUCGACCGCAUCCCAUCUCUCCAUAUAUGCAUUAAUAUAUAUGUGCAUGCGUAUAAGAUAACAUAUUUAGACGCCAGGCGGUUUGGUUGUUGGUAUUUGAUACAUGCUUUGCAUUUAUUUAAGUCACGUUUGGAUGAUAA